AUGAGUACUAAUGAUAAUACAAUGGUGACAAAUAAUCAAUCAUCUGAGCAAUCUGUAAAUGAUAUUUCUAACAAGGACACUUUAACGGUGACACAACAUCGAUGGAAUCUUUUAGAUUGUUUAGAUUGGGAUAAAGAAAUACCAAAAGCUGCUGCUUUAGCACGAAUUAAACGUGAUAUUUUUAAUUUGCUCAAAGAUCCACCACCGGGAAUAUUUAUUGUCCCUGAACCUGAUGAUAUUACAAAGAUUCACGCUCUUAUUGUUGGUCCAUUGAAUACACCAUAUCAAGGUGGAUUCUUUUAUUUUAUAUUACGUUGUCCACCUGAUUACUCGAUUCGACCUCCCCGUUGUCUUUUAAUGACAACCGGAAAUAAUACAGUUGAUUUUCAUCCAAGUCUUGAUCGAAAUGGCAAAAUAUUUUUAUCGAUUAUUAAUACUUGGAAUGAACCAUCAUGGUGUCCAGCUCAAUCUUUAUCAUCUCUACUUGUAUCCAUUCAAUCGGUACUAUCACAAAAUCCAUAUCAUGAUGAACCUGGUUUUGAACAAGAACAUCAAUUAGGUGAUUCAAAGAGAUAUAAUGAAAUAAUAUCACACGAAACAUUACGUGUUGCUGUAUGUGAAACGCUGGAAAAUCUCGAUUCAUAUCCAGAACAGUUUCGCGAAGUUAUGAUAAAACAAUUUUUUAAAUUUUAUGAUUAUUAUAUUCUUGUAUGUACAGAAAACAUGGAUAACGACGAUCAAUUAAUGAGGGAUCCAUUUGGUAGACCACGUGGAUCAUUUCACUAUUCAUCAAUAUUCACGCGUUUAGAGCAAUUAAAAAGUGAAUUAGAAAUUAUCGAACUAUCAAGAAAAGAACAGCAGCCAAUCUAUUCAAAUAUUCAAAAUAUAAUAGAAUCUUCUGAUAAUCGUGAUUUAACUGGAUUAUCAGAUGAUGAAUUGAUUUCAGAUGAUAUAUUUUAUGAUGUUGAAAAAUAUGAAAGCAAAAAUGAAAAUGAAAAAGCAGAAGAUGAUGAUGAUGAUGUUUAA